UAUGGUCCAGGAUCUGUGGAGUCCGUCAGGUUUUCUAACUCGGAAACACUCAAGCGUUGCAUUGAACUGAGCGUCUGUGGACAUUGGGUCGGGAUGGAGGCGGACGCAGCACAGCAGGUCAGCUACAACCUGCUGGAGGGCCGAUUCAAACAGCUGCAAGAUGAACGUGAAGCAGUCCAGAAGAAGACCUUCACCAAGUGGGUCAACUCCCACCUGUCCAGAGUCUCCUGCAGGAUCACAGACCUCUACAUGGACCUGAGGGAUGGCAGGAUGCUCAUCAAGCUGCUGGAGGUCCUUUCUGGGGAGAAACUGCCGAAGCCCACCAAAGGCAGGAUGCGUAUUCACUGCCUGGAGAACGUGGACAAGGCUCUGCAGUUCUUGAAGGAGCAGCGAGUUCACCUGGAGAACAUGGGAUCUCACGACAUAGUAGAUGGGAACCACCGACUAACACUGGGACUCAUCUGGACCAUCAUCCUGCGCUUCCAGAUUCAGGACAUCAGCGUGGAGACUGAAGACAACAAGGAAAGGCGAUCGGCUAAAGAUGCCCUGCUGCUGUGGUGCCAGAUGAAGACGGCUGGAUACUCCAAUGUCAACAUCCAUAACUUCACCACCAGUUGGAGAGACGGCAUGGCCUUCAAUGCACUCAUCCAUAAACACAGACCCGAUCUGAUUGACUUUGAUAAGCUGAGAAAGUCCAACGCUCAACACAACCUGACAACCGCUUUCAACCUGGCAGAGCAGCAUCUGGGCAUCACCAGGCUGCUGGACCCGGAAGACAUCAGCGUGGACCAUCCCGACGAGAAGUCUGUCAUCACCUACGUUGUGACCUAUUACCACUACUUCUCCAAGAUGAAGGCUCUGAAGGUGGAGGGCAAACGAAUUGGGAAGGUGUUGGAUAACGCCAUUGAGACUGAGAAGAUGGUUGAGAAGUACGAGUCACUGGCUUCUGACCUGCUGGAGUGGAUCGAACAGACCAUCAUCAUCCUUAACAACAGAAAGUUUGCCAACUCUCUGGUGGGAGUCCAGCAGCAACUACAGGCUUUUAACACCUACCGAACAGUGGAGAAACCUCCCAAGUUCACAGAGAAGGGAAACCUGGAGGUUCUGCUCUUCACCAUUCAGAGUAAGAUGAGAGCCAACAACCAGAAGGUCUACAUGCCCCGCGAGGGAAAACUUAUCUCAGACAUCAACAAGGCCUGGGAAAGACUGGAAAAAGCAGAGCAUGAGAGGGAGCUGGCUCUGCGGACGGAGCUGAUUCGUCAGGAAAAACUAGAGCAGCUCGCUAGACGCUUUGACCGCAAGGCGGCCAUGAGGGAGACCUGGCUCAGUGAAAACCAGAGGCUGGUGUCUCAGGAUAACUUUGGCUUCGACCUCCAAGCCGUGGAGGCCGCCACCAAAAAGCACGAGGCCAUCGAGACAGACAUCGCAGCGUAUGAGGAACGCGUCCAGGCUGUGGUCGCCGUGGCGAAGGAGCUGGAGGUGGAGAAUUACCACGACAUUAAACGCAUCAUAGCCAGGAAGGACAACGUGAUCCGGCUCUGGGAGUACCUGUUGGAGCUGCUAAAGGCCCGCAGACAGAGACUGGAGAUGAACCUGGGCCUACAGAGAGUCUUUCAGGAGAUGCUCUACAUCAUGGACUGGAUGGAUGAGAUGAAGAUGCUGCUGCUGUCUCAGGAUUACGGGAAGCAUCUGUUGGGAGUGGAAGACCUGCUACAGAAACAUGCACUGGUGGAAGCCGACAUCGCCAUCCAGGCCGACAGAGUGAAGGCCGUCAUCAACAACGCCAACAAGCACUCGGUGACUGACAGUGGCUACAAGCCCUGCGAUCCUCAGGUCAUCCAGGACCGGGUGGCCCACUUGGAGUUCUGCUACCAGGAGUUGUCACAGCUGGCUGCCGAACGUCGUGCCCGUCUUGAAGAGUCUCGGCGACUGUGGAAGUUCUUCUGGGAGAUGGCGGAGGAAGAGGGCUGGAUCUGGGAGAAGGAACAGAUCCUGUCCUCCAUGGAGCAUGGUAAGGACCUGACCGGGGCGGUGCGACUCCUGAGCCAACAGAGGGCACUUGAAGAUGAGAUGAGUGGACGAGCUGGACACCUGCAACACACCAUCGCAGAGGGCCAGGCCAUGGUUGAUGCUGGUCACUUUGCCGCCACAAAGAUCCAGGAGCGUAUCUCAGACCUGCAGGCUCAGUGGGCAGCUCUGGAGCAGCUUGCGGCAGCAAGAAAGAAGAGACUGGAAGAAGCUCUGGCUAUGCACCAGUUUCAGGCUGAUGCAGACGAUGUUGAUGCCUGGACACUGGAUGCUCUGCGUAUUGUCUCCAGUGGAGAGACAGGCCACGAUGAAUUCUCCACCCAGGCUCUGGUCAGGAAGCACAAGGACGCAGCGGCGGAGGUUGAAAGCUACCGUACGGUCAUCGACUCUCUGCAUGAACAGGCUGCCCUGCUGCCCAAAGAGGAGAUGGAGUCAGAGGAUGUGCAAGGACGAUUGGCUGGUAUCGAGGAGCGCUACAAGGAAGUGUCAGAGCUGACGAAGCUGAGGAAGCAAGCCCUGCAGGAUGCGCUGGCUCUUUACAAAAUGAUGAGUGAGGCCAAUGCCUGCGAGGUUUGGAUUGACGAGAAGGAGCAGUGGUUGAACAGCAUGGAGAUUCCUGAAAAGCUGGAGGACCUGGAGGUGAUACAGCACAGGUUUGAGAAUCUGGAGCCAGAGAUGAACAGCCAGGCGUCUCGGGUUGCUGUGGUGAACCAGAUCGCCCGACAGCUGAUUCACAGUGGCCAUCCAAGCGAGAAGGACAUCAAGACCCACCAGGAUAAACUAAAUAAUAGGUGGAGCCAGUUCCGAGACCUGGUGGACCAGAAGAAGGAGUCCCUGAACUCCGCCCUGGGUGUACAGAACUACCACCUUGAAUGCAAUGAGACCAAGUCUUGGAUCAAAGAAAAGACCAAACUAAUAGAGUCUACCCAAGAACUGGGAAAUGACCUCACCGGGGUCAUGGCUCUGCAGAGGAAAUUGACCGGCAUGGAGCGAGACUUGGUGGCAAUCGAAGACAAGCUUAGUGAUCUGCAAGGUGAAGCCCAAAGGCUGGCCGAGGAGCACCCUGACCAGGCUAAAGCCAUCACAGACCGGCUGGCUGAGAUUACUGCCGUCUGGGAGGAAAUGAAGAAUACCCUGAAAACGCGAGAGGAGUCCCUGGGCGAAGCCCGGAAGCUUCAGCAGUUCCUGCGUGAGCUCGACGACUUCCAGUCCUGGCUGUCUCGUACUCAGACAGCCAUCGCGUCCGAAGACAUGCCCAACACAUUGUCCGAGGCCGAGAAGCUGAUGGCACAACAUGAAGGUAUAAAAAAUGAGAUCAAUAACUACGAAGAGGACUAUCAGAAGAUGCGAGACAUGGGGGAGAUGGUGACGCAGGGCCAAGCGGAUGCGCAGUACAUGUUCUUGCGGCAGCGACUGCAGGCACUGGACACGGGCUGGAACGACCUGCUCAAAAUGUGGGAGAAUCGUCAGAAUCUGCUGUCCCAGUCUUACGCUUACCAGCUGUUCCUAAGGGACACCAAGCAGGCGGAGGCUUUCCUCAACAACCAAGAGUAUGUUCUGGCUCAUACAGAGAUGCCAACCACGCUGGAGGGCGCUGAGGCUGCAAUCAAGAAGCAGGAGGACUUCAUGACAACGAUGGAUGCCAAUGAGGAGAAGAUCAACGGUGUGUUGGAGGCAGGCAGAAGGCUGGCGAGUGAUGGGAACAUCAAUGCUGAGCGCAUCCUUGAGAAGGUGGCCUCCAUCGAUGACAGGCAUAAGAAGAACAGGGAGGCUGCGGUGGAGUUGCUGAUGAGGCUGAAGGACAACCGCGAUCUUCAGAAGUUUCUGCAAGACUGCCAGGAGCUGUCUUUAUGGAUGAGUGAGAAGAUGCUGACGGCCCAGGACAUGACCUAUGACGAGGCCAGGAACCUGCAUAGCAAGUGGCUGAAGCACCAGGCCUUCAUGGCUGAGCUGCAGUCCAACAAAGAGUGGCUAGACAAGAUCCAGAAGGAUGGGAUGCUGCUGGUGUCAGAGAAGCCAGAUACAGAGGCUGUGGUGAAGGAAAAGCUUUCCUCGCUCAACACCUUGUGGGAAAACCUGGAGUCCACGACGCAGACCAAAGCUCAGUGUCUGUUUGAUGCCAACAAGGCCGAGCUGUUUACGCAGAGCUGUGCUGACCUGGACAAGUGGCUGGGCAGCCUGGAAGGGCAGAUCCAGUCCGACGAUUACGGCAAAGACCUGACAUCCGUCAACAUCCUGUUGAAGAAACAGCAGAUGCUAGAGAACCAGGUGGAUGUGCGUCAGAGGGAGGUGGUGGAGUUGCAGAGUCAAGUGAAGGCGCUCGGUCAGGAGGUGAAGGACACGGAUGAGGUGGACGGACGAAGGCAGGUGGUGGAAAAGAAGUUCCAGGAGCUUCUGGAGCCGCUGCGGCGUCGCAGGGACUUCCUGGUGGCAUCCAGAGAGGUCCAUCAGUUCAACCGCGACGUGGAGGAUGAGAUCCUCUGGGCUCAGGAACGGAUCCCUGUAGCUACAUCCAAGGACCAUGGACACAACCUGCAGACAGUCCAGCUGCUUAUAAAGAAGAACCAGACGCUCCAGAAGGAAAUCCAAGGACAUCAGCCUCGCAUCAAUGACAUCAUGGAGCGCAGCCAGAGCCUCUUGAAGGACAAGUCCUCCAAUGCUGAUGUGAUCCGACAGCGCCUGGUGGAACUGCAGCAGCUGUGGAAGCAGCUGAUGGAGGAGGUGGAGCAGCGGCACGGCCGGCUGCAGGAGGCCCACAAAGCCCAGCAGUACUACUUCGACGCCGCAGAGGCUGAGGCAUGGAUGAGCGAACAGGAACUCUACAUGAUGUCAGAGGAAAAAGCUAAGGAUGAGCAGAGCGCUGUCACCAUGCUAAAGAAGCAUCAGAUCAUGGAGCAGGCUGUGGAGGACUAUGCAGAGACCGUCCACCAGCUGUCCAAGACCAGCCGAGGACUUGUGGCCGACGGACACCCUGAAAGCGAGCGGAUCAGCAUGCGGCAGUCUCAGGUGGACAAGCUGUACGCCGGCCUGAAGGACCUGUCUGAGGAGAGGCGGGGAAAGCUGGAUGAGAGGCUCCGCCUUUUCCAACUGAACAGGGAGGUGGACGACCUGGAGCAAUGGAUUGCAGAGCGAGAGGUGGUGGCCGGGUCGCACGAGCUGGGUCAGGAUUACGAACAUGUCACGAUGCUGCAGGAACGUUUCCGGGAGUUUGCACGGGACACUGGGAACAUCGGACAGGAGCGGGUGGACGGCGUGAACCGGCUGGCAGACGAGUUAAUCAACAGCGGGCACGGAGAUGCUGCCACGGUGGCGGAGUGGAAGGACGGACUGAACGAGGCCUGGGCUGACCUGCUCGAGCUCAUCGACACUCGGACACAGAUUCUGGCCGCCUCCUUCGAGCUCCACAAAUUCUACCACGAUGCCAAGGAGAUCCUGUCACGCAUCGCCGACAAGCAGAAGAAGCUGCCGGAAGAGGUCGGCCGGGACCAGAACACGGUGGAGACGCUACAGAGGAUGCACAACACCUUCGAACACGACAUCCAGGCGCUGGGAACACAGGUGAGGCAGCUUCAGGAGGACGCCGCGCGCCUACAGUCUGCAUAUGCCGGAGACAAAGCUGACGACAUCCAGCGCCGGGAGGCUGAGGUGCUGGAGGCUUGGAGGACCCUGCUGGAGGCCUGCGAUGGACGCAGGAUCCGCCUCCUCGACACCGGAGACAAGUUCCGAUUCUUCAGCAUGGUGCGGGACCUGAUGCUCUGGAUGGACGACGUGAUCCGGCUCAUCGAAGCCCAGGAGAAACCCAGAGACGUUUCCUCAGUGGAACUGCUGAUGAACAACCAUCAGGGAAUCAAGGCAGAGAUCGACGCCCGCAACGACAGCUUCACCACCUGCAUCGAGCUGGGCAAAGCCCUGCUGGCCAGGAAGCACUUCGCUUCAGAAGAGAUCAAGGAGAAGCUGCUGCAACUCACCGAUAAGAGGAAAGAGAUGAUCGAUAAGUGGGAGGAUCGCUGGGAGUGGCUCCGCCUCAUCCUGGAGGUCCACCAGUUCUCGCGAGACGCUGGAGUGGCCGAGGCCUGGCUGCUGGGCCAGGAGCCGUACCUGUCCAGCAGGGAGAUGGGCCAGAGCGUGGACGAGGUAGAGAAGCUCAUCAAGCGCCAUGAGGCCUUUGAGAAGUCCGCCGCCACCUGGGAGGAGCGCUUCUCUGCCCUGGAGAGGCUGACCACGCUGGAGCUGCUGGAAGUAAGAAGACAGCAGGAGGAGGAGGAGAGGAGGAGGAAGCCCCCGACUCCUGAGCCGGCCGUGGUCCAGCAGGAGGAAGCUCAGCAGCAGAGCGCUGUCACUCAGAAUGGACUCCCAUCGGAUCAGGAUCAAGACUCUCCUAAGGAUGUCGGGGAAGGUGGCGGUCUGGUCAACGGGAUUGUCGAGCGCAGCUCCAAGGAGCCGAGCCCCAGCCACUCGCCAUCCUCGGGACGGAAGGCCAAAAACAGCCAGUCCUCCACGCUGCCCGCCCAGAACCAGGACUCACCCUCACAGCUCGAAGCUUUCCUGCAUCGCAAACACGAGUGGGAGGGGCACAAUAAGAAAGCCUCCAACAGGUCCUGGCACAACGUGUACUGCGUCAUCAGAAACCAGGAACUGGGCUUCUACAAGGACAGCAAGGCGGCAAGUCAGGGCGUGCCGUACCACGGCGAGCUGCCCGUCAGCCUGAAAGACGCCACCUGUGAUGUCGCAUCAGACUAUAAAAAGAAAAAACACGUCUUCAAGCUCAGAAUCUCUGAUGGAAACGAGUUCCUGUUCCAAGCCAAAGAUGAAGAGGAGAUGAGUAACUGGAUCCAGGUUGUCCUAAACGCCGCCACCACUGAGCGAUCCGAAGUCCAGGGCAGUAACCCCGGCACGCCGUCCACCGGGCGCGCUCAGACGCUCCCGGCCAGCGUGUCGCUCACCACCGAGUCCAGUCCUGGAAAGAGAGAGAAGGACAAGGAGAAGGAGAAAGAAAAACGGUUCAGCUUGUUCAGCAAGAAGAAGCAGUAGAAGAAGAGCAACAAGGAGCCGCAUUGGUGAAACCAAACCCGGCGCUCCAAAGCAAGAAACCCCCGACCAGAUCCGACCUGCUUCGGAGCGCUGACUCACAUUCAGUUCCUGUCAGCUUUACUGAGAUCAGAACUGCACAUUCAGAACUUACCUGAAACCUUCAUGAAGUCCGGCUGCACUUCAUCAUAUGCCUUUCCUCUGCCACAGAACCAACCCCAGAUCGGGUUUCAGCAGUACUUUCGGAUCCCAGAUCCAAUCACAGUUCACUAUCUAAAACCAAAGAGGGAAAAGGUCCAGGACUGAAACUGGUUCUGCUGUCAAAAUGAUUCAGACCAGUCUACAGAAAUGCUUCUGCUGCAGAACCAAUGUCAGACCAAGAUCCAAAAUGGUUUUCCAAACCCAGAUCCCAGACCAGGACAAAAAAAUGGUUCUGCUGCAGAACACAUCCUCAAUCAGGAUCUAAAACUGGUUCCAACAGAACUGAUCCAGACCAGGAUCUAAAACGCUUGGAAAGCGAGCCUGAAUGUGGUUCUACUGGAGAACCAACCUUAGUUUGGUUCUACCAGAGUAGUAGAGGUUUGGAACCGUUUUAGUAGCAGAAUCCAUCUGAUCCUGAUUCUGUACCUUGGGUCCAAUUAGAUCAAACCAAUCAGACCUGCUUUGUCUAAACUGUAAGAGCCAAUGAGCAGCUGCUGAUGAUGUCAUCUAUGAUGUCACAGCGAUGGACCAGUGGUAGAGGAGGACAUCUGGUGAGGUUCUGAGGAAACUGAAAGUUUCACCAGCGUCGGCCCAUUCCGUCGGUUCUGAAUGUUUCUGAUUCUGUUCUGUUGUUGUUUGUUUCUCUUGUCGGUGAGGCACUGCUCUGCCUCUCUGAUUGGUCUGUCUUUGUUCUGCCGGUCCUCUGAUUGGAUGUCGCUCAGCCUGCUGGUUCUGUGACAUCAUCUGGACCUGGUUCCCCUGGUUUUAAUUUUCCUGAACUUAUUUUUGUACUUCUAUUUUUUCCUCGGUUCUGAUGGGACGUUGCUGAAAAACUGGACCAACUUUUUAAGGCUUGGAGUAAAUCUUCGGGGUUGGGUGUAAAAAAGUUCACCUGCAUGCCUCAUGUAAGCUCACCUGACCCGUUUUCUUCUUUGGUUCCGUCGCUCGCUCCGCGUCACCGUAUCCGUAAUGUAGCGAACAUGUAUGGAAGUUCGUGUUUCUGCACAAUCCGAGCUGCAUCAUUAGGAAUGACCUAUUAAAAGCUUUUCUCAUGUAUGAAGCUGCACUUGUUAAAGCUGCCAACUCAUUAAAGCUAUUCAACUAUGACCUCA